GGCGACGAGCACACUAGAAGUUUGAGGAGGAUAAGGGCGAGCUAAGAAUUGCUUUUGCAUGGGACCUGCGCCAUAAUUUAAGAAAUAAUGGCGGUAAAUAAUACUUCUGUUAGGAGUGUCGAAUUUGAGAGCUCUGUGUCAAGAGAGGGAGGACCUUUCAACUUAAACGACGGUGAAUUAACUCCUAUUGUAAAGGGUGCCGCAGUUCAAAAAGGAACCUCAUGGGGAGCCUCUGUAUUCCUGGUAGUGAAUGCAGCACUGGGAGCUGGUCUCCUGGAGUUUCCUUAUGCUUACAACCAGGCAGGGGGAGUACUGGUAGCUGUAGUGGUACAGGCAGUGUUGAUGUUAUUCAUAUGCGGGGCCUUGGUAUUGCUGGCAUACUGCUCCGACAUACACCAGAGCGCCACCUAUCAGGAUGUUGUCUACGCCAUGUGUGGGAAGUGGGCUCAAGCUGCCUGUUCCCUCUGUAUCGUGCUCUAUUGUUUUGGGACUUGUAUAACAUUCUUUAUUAUCAUAGGGGACAACUGGGACAAAUUGCUUUAUAAAGUCAGGCCAGAUUUCUGCUAUAGCUGGUACAUGAAUCGCAAGUUCACAAUUAGUAUAACCUCUGUUCUCUUCAUUCUACCUUUGUGCUUUCCCAGAAGAAUUGAUUUCCUGAAAUAUGCUAGUGCCUUUGGCGUGUUGGCCAUAGUUUACAUAGUCAUACUCAUCCCUGUCAAAUAUUUUUAUGCUACUAAUUUGGAGAGUGUUGUUGUUAAAACAAGGCCAGACACAUGGAUGGAUGUGUUUCUAGUGGUGCCGACCAUUUGUUUUGGAUAUCAGUGUCACAUCAGUGUAGUGCCUAUAUAUUCCUGUCUGCAGAACAGAACUGUGAAGGAGUUUGCCAAAACUCUCACAGCUGCCAUAUUCAUCUGUCUCAUCACCUACACUGUAGGAGCAACUUUUGGUUACUUAAAUUUCGGAACUGCAGUCAAAUCAGACAUUUUGUCCUCUUAUAAUGCCACAGCAGAUGUCUUAGUCGCUGUGAGCAUGAUGGCCGCCAAGACAUACACAACUUAUCCAAUAUUAUUAUUUUGUGGCAGGGCUGCCUUUGAGAGCCUCUGGGUGGAGCUGUGGAAACUGACCCCAGAGGAUAUUGUCCGUAAAGAGACUCUGAGGAGGAUAAUCCAGACCAUCUUGUGGUUCGGCCUGUCCCUGCUUCUGGCUGUGGUCACCCCAAAUAUCGCAGUGGUCAUUGAUCUCCUUGGAGGUCUAGCUGCGGUCUUCAUCUUCACAUUUCCUGGUCUUUGUUUACUGCAAGUUGUGCUAACUCGCCAAAGAACUGAAAAGAAUAAACAUUCCCAGAGGGCACUAUUCAUCAUGGCGGUUAUGUACCUUAUCAUUGGCAUGUUCAUAUUUGGCGUAACUUUCUCGCAGUCCAUCAUGGAUGAUGUUCACAGUAAAUCCAGUAAAUCACACAAAACAAUCUGUGGAUAGUGUUGUCAUAUAACUCGAGAUUUGUUUAUUUUUGUUGAAUACAGAAAAGUUCACUAGAAUAGAAAGUUUGUUAGUUGCAGAGGAAUCUCCGCCAUUUUCUUAAAGUCUAUAAAU